AUGCAUCGAUUAGAGAAUAGUUGCUUACCUGAGAGACUGCAACGUAUCUAUGGAUUCCUUAAGAGGAGACAGCUGCUGCAGAAGCAGCAGCAGCUGCAGCAGCAACUGCAGCAGCAGCAACAACAACAGGAUAAUGGUGAUGUGAAGGAUAAGCAGCAGCAUCAGCAGCAACUGCAGCAGCAACUGCAGCAAGUGCAGCAGCAACUGCAGCAGCAGCAAAUCCUUCCCAUAGAAACAGCCCGUAAGCGUUCUAUGCGUAUAUGUAGAGACAGUACAGCAGCAGCAGAGCGUUUCCUGCUGCAGCCUCCUCCUCCUCCUCCUCCUCAGGAGCAGCAACAACAACAGCAGCAGGAGCAGCAUAAGAAGGAUGAGGAUAAGGAAGAAGAGGAUCUGCUACUGCUAGCAGCAGCAGCAGCAGCAUCUCCUUUCCUCAGCAGCAGCUACCAUCUAAAGAAUUUAAAUUCAGAAAUUUCUUUUGCUGCACAUUUAAAUCUCCAAGCAAUUCUUCUUCCUCCUCCUAUUACUAAUAAACCUUUCUUACUAGCUAGGACGAUAAAGAGUUGGCUAACUCAGCUGCAGCCUCCUACUUUUUGGGUACGGUUGCCGCUGCAGUACAGCAAGCCAACAGCAGCAGCAGCAGCAACAGCAGCAGCAAGACGUGAUGCCUUGGCUCUUGGCGCAAAGACACCAGAGGCAGCUGUUGCUGCUGCAGUGCUGCACGAGCUGCAGCAGCUAGAUUUGUUGAACGGAUCGCCGUACAGCGAGCCGCAGCAGGAGGAGGAGGAGGAGCAGGAAGAGCAGCAGCAGCAGAGAGAGGAGGAAUUAGAUCCUUGGCAGCAAUGGUGCUUCCUGCAGCAGAUAUGUGGGGUGUCUGUACACCUCGGUGUUGCGCUGCAGCUAACAGAAGACAUGCCAUCAGAGCUCGUGCUGCAGCGGUGGCUAGCAGAGCCAAUAAGGUGUCUCCUUAUACCUACUAGCAUCUUCUUGCAGCUGCAGCAGCUGCAGCAGCAGCACCAGCAGGUGACCUUGCUGCGGCAGCAUCUACUCUUCGUGCUGCGCUGCGCUGAGCUGCGCGUGCGAAUUGUCAUAGUUGACGACAGAGAGGAGGACACAAACACAGCCGCAGCAGCAGCAGAUGCUGCAGCAGCAGCAGCAGCAGAAGCAGCAGAGGCUGCUGCAACAGAUGCAGCUGAAACAGACGCAGAUGCAGCAGGCGCAGCUGCAACAGAAGCUGCUGCAGCAGACACAGCUGCAGCAGACUCCCCUGCAGUAGAUUCAGAUGCAGCAAACGAAAUACAAAGCGAAGAAGAAAACCCGAGCAGCAGCAGCAGCAGCAGCAUCUUGUGCACAACCAGCAGCAGCAGCAGCAGCAGCAGGGUGUUUGAACGAGACGCCAUAAAGUACAGAUUAUAUCGUGACGCUAUCAUCCUUAGAUUGCGUGACCUGCUAGGUCUUGAUGACGAGGAGCAGCAGCAGCAGCAGCAGCAGCGUGCUGUAUCUUUAGGCAAACGCAGGAGAUACAUGCGGGGUUCCGAUGGCAGCAGCAGCACCGGCAGCAGCAGCAAUAGGUAUAGCGGCAGCCUGAGCCGAAGCAGCGACAGCAGCGGUAGCAGCAGCGACGAUGACUAUGAGGAGCAGCAGCAGCAACAGCAGCAGCAGCGGCGAAGAAGAGAUUUCUAUGGCAGCACAACAGCAUUAAAUAACCCUAACUGUCUCCAUAUAUCAGAAGCAAAUUUCCCUUUGCUGCUGCAGCACAUGUCGGAGAAAGGCAGCAUCAGCAGCAGUAGCAACAACAACAACAGCAGCAGCAGCAACAACAACAAGAACAACAACAACAACAGCAACCGUGGCAGGAAAAACAGACGUCGAGGAGGCCGUGGUGGCAGCGGCAACGGUCAAGUGCCAUCCUUCUCUUCCUCAUCAUCAUCAUCAUCAGCACCAACAGCAGCAGCAGCACCAACAGCAUCAUCAGCACCAACAGCAGCACCAACAGCAGCAGCAGCAGCAGCAGCAGCAGCAGCAGCAACAGGAGAAGAAUUAAUAGAGCCAUCAGACCAUUAUAAGAAAUCUUUUGGACUUUUUUCGUCUCUUCGAUUUUUAUUGAAAAUAAAAUUUUCGUCGGACGAAAAAUAUUUGAAUUUUUUCCCCCCCUUUUCUAUGAAGGAUAAAUUGGAGGCGGCAGCAGCAGAAAUUGCUGCAGCAGAAGCAGCAGAAACACCAACAGCAGCAGCAGCAGCACCACCACCACCACAAGCAGGAUAUACAACAGCAACAACAACACCAACAGCAACAACAACAACAGUUAAUUCUCCUGCUGCUGCUGCUGCUGCUGCUGCUGCUUCACCGCAACAAAGCGGAAAUCCCAGCGAACCCGACACCCAUCACCAGGCACAGCAACAACAACAACAGCAGCAGCAACAGCAGCAGAAGCAGCAGCAGGAUGAGGAUAAUGAUGAGGAUAAGUAUAUAUUUAGAUCGUGGCCACGUAUAAUAAUAUAUGUAUUAGGUGCAGGUCGUGGUCCAUUAGUACAGGCAGCAAUAGAUGCCCUACGUUAUAUGAAUAUUCCCCCUUUUUUUUAUACAAUUAUAUCUAUAGAGAAAAACAAACAAGUAUUAUAUUCAUUAUAUGAUAGAAAAGAUCAUGAUGCAUGCAAAGAAUGGCGUAGAGUUAUUAUUGCUGCAGGGGAUAUAAGAGAAAAAGAUACUGCAGCAGCUGCAGCAGCAGCAGCUAUCAAUAUUGCUGCAGCAGAUGCUGCAGCAGCAGCAGCAGCAGCUAUAAAAGCAGAAACAGCAGCAGAAGUAAAUCAAGAAAAAACAGCAAAAAUAGAAGAAAAAAUAGCAAGAGUAUCAGCACGUGCAGCAGCAGCAGCAAGAACAGCAGCAACAGCAGCAGCAGCAGCAGACAAUAUAAUAAAGGGAGAUAUUAUUGUAUCUGAACUAUUAGGCUCCUUAGGGGAUAAUGAAUUAUCCCCCGAGUGUAUAGACACCGCACAGCAGCACAUAAUAAAAAGGGGAGGAAUAUCUAUACCUGCUGCUUAUGUGUCUUCGUUGGAGCCUGUAUGCUGCCCUUUAUUGCAUGCAGCAGCAGCAGCAGCAGCAGCAGCAGCAGGAGGGGAACAGCAACAACAACAAUACAUGGACGGUAUAUUUGUUGUUAAUCCUCAUGGUAUAUUUAGACCAACAAUAGAGGGACCCAAGUCUUGCUUCCGUUAUACACAUCCUAAUUUGCUGCUGCCUCCUUUUGCUGCUGCUGCUGCUGCAGAACGCAUGCAUGCAUUUACCCGUCAUCAACUAGGAGCAGGUGCAGCAGCAGCAGGAACAACAACAGCAGCAGGAGCAGGAGCAGGAGCAGCAUUAGCAUGGAAUGGUAUAGAUAUAUCUUCUCCUUUUAUGCAAACAUCUGCAGCAGCAGCAGCAGCAGCAGCAGCAGCAGCACACGGCAAUGGACCACGUGAUAGAAUAUGUGUGGUCCAGUGGACCACUCGGUGCAGCACAAUGGUCCACGGCUUCUUGGGAGUAGAGGAAGGUCUAGAGGCAGCAAAUAUACAAAGAAAACAACACCAAGGCAGCAACAACACAAACCCCACAAAGCCUGCCCUCCUCUAA